AUGAUGAACAAUAAUUUUACUAUUAGUAAUGAUGAUAUACAUCAUACAGAACAAAUAUCAUCAUUUAUUGAUUUACGAUUUUUUCUUGUUCGUAUUUUUUAUCCAUGUUUACUUGCAUGGGGUACAAUUGGUAAUGCAUUAUGUUUACGUGUAUUAUUAAGUAAAAAAUUUUUAAAAAACUCAACAUGUCAAUAUUUAGCUGUACUUGCUGUAAUUGAUAUACUAUUUAUAUUAAUGCGUUCCGGUAAACAUGUUUAUAAAUUAUUUCGUGUUACACCUAUAUUUAAUACAUCAAAAUGGAUAUGUCGUAUAUUAACAUUUUUUUCAUCAGCACUUGCACAUAUGGCAUCAUGGAUAUUGGUUAUUGUCAGUUUUGAUCGAUAUUUCAUAGUAACAAGUGGAUAUAGACGACAUAGUUCAUCUGUUAAUCGAGUUUUUUGUUCAACAAGUAUACUUAUUGCUAUUGUCGUUUUAUGCAAUCUUUAUUAUUUCUUUAUACUUGGUCGCACAACAAAACUAAAUUACUACGGAUCAAUUAGUCAACAAUAUCCUUUGUUAACUGAUACAAUAGAUAUUAAUAAUAAUACGUCUUUAGAAGCUAUAGAUUCUUAUAAUUUAUUUCAAUCAACAGUAAUUUCAAUAUUUGUAUGUAUGCCAAGUAGUGGUUAUGAACGUUUUUUUCGUACUUAUAUACCUAUAUUCGAUAUAUUACUUGUUGCUGUUAUUCCAUUUUUUCUUCUUUGUUUUUCUAAUAUUGGUAUUAUAAUAUAUACAAUGCGUAAAAGUCGUCAUAUGCAUCAACACCGUAAACGGGCACAUCGUCGGCAUCAACGAUUAACAAUAAUGCUUUUAUCAGUUACCUUAGCAUUUAUCGGUUUAACAUGUCCAUCAGUUAUAUUCAUAUGUGUAAAUAAAAUGAUUCAAUCAAAUCGAAUGAAACGCGAUGAAAAAACUGAUACUAUUAAUGAAUUAUUUGGUAGUCGUCAACCGUCAAGUGUACCAUUAAUUGUUGAAGUAUGUGAAGCAUUAUGGUAUACAAAACAUGCAAUGAAUUUUAUAUUAUAUACAUUAAGCGGACAAGACUUUCGUCGAGAAUUUAUUAAAUUAUUUACAGAAUGUUUUCAUAAUCGGCCAACUAUAUUAAAAAAAUUAAUUCGACAAACUCCUUUGACAACAGAACAAAGAAUUGAUUCAUCAUUAGUUGACAUACCCAUAAUCACAACAAAUACAAGUCAUAGGAAAAAAAAACCAAACAAGUAA